AUGGUACAAUGGUAUAAAAAUAUAUAAAAAUAAAAGUAUAUUUUUAAUUUAAAGGAAAUAACAUUUUUCAUAUAAAAAAAUAACGAAUAAACCGAGUAUGAAAAUAAACCAAAAUUACAAAAGAAUUUCUUUUUUAAAUUAAAUAUAAACAAUAUAAUAGGAAUAAGUAUAAUAGAUGACUAUAAUCUUGAGCUUUUUUCCCUGACUUUAAAAAACGUUUAAUUUUUAUAAUCUCAGGAAGAUUUUAUUGAAAAAGAUCAUGAGGAGACUAAAUAGUCUUUUUAAAAAUAAAAUAAUAGUUUUACUAUAUAAAAUGAAUAAAAAAAAACAUAAUAUGAAAUAACUAAAUAAACAUAAAAUAAAUUCAUGUAAUUUAGUAUAGAUAAUAUCUUUAUAAAUAAUUCGAUUAUAGACGCUUAAUUUCCCGUAAUAUUUGCAUCCGAUAAAAUAAAAUCUAAAUAUAUAUAAAUAAACUAAUAAAUACCUCAAAAUAUAAGGUAAAUCUAAAAACUCGAUACAAUAAAUCUCGAAACUAAUAAUAUAAGCUAAUAAGAACUAGAUUGCGAAUCUCUUCAUUUACAAAAUUACUACGAUAACUUUUAAAACGAAGAAACAAAUUGGAUAAACUAUGUUUAGAUAUUUCUAGACCAUUUUGAGUUAAGAUUAGACAAUUAAGUAAUGUCUUCUUUGAAUCAAUUAAGGAAAUAAAUAAAUAAAAUACUUUAAUCUAAUUCAAAAUACACUAAAAAAUAGGCAAAUUCAAUUUUUGAUUAAUUCAAAUAAUUAUAAAAUUAUGAUUAUCAAUUAAACAAAGAUAACAAAACAGAAAAAGCAAUAUAUAUUAAAUAACUAAAUAUAUAGCCAAUUAAUUUUUGUUUUACAAUCAAAUUAGAUUCACAAAUCUCAAAUAAUUAAGAGUUCUCAUUUUCUCCUUUAUCUUUUUUAUCAGAAUUCGGUCUCUAAUUAAUUUCUAUUGAUCAGGCUAAUAUUAAUUUAAAUGCAUUAGAAUAAUAGCAUUUAUUUGAUACUAUAUCAUCUAUUAAACUUAGAUUUAAAAAACACUAUGGUAAUUAAUUUAUUAUAGAACUUUGCAAGAUAUUUGGUUAUAUAGAUGUUAUAGGUAAUCCUGUAAAACUUGUAAAUGAAAUUACUUAAAGUAUGUCUAAAAUGUUCUAUGAUCCUAUAAAAGCACUCGCAAAAGGAAGUGGUAAAUAAGCUUUUGAACAUUUUGCAACUGGAGCUGCUUUUUUAGUUUACAAUUCAAUAUCUCAUAUUUAUGAUAUCGCAAAGAAAAUUUCUGGAUUAUUUAUGAAAAUUCUUGCCAGAAUGACUUUUCAUAAGUAAUAUUUACAAGAAAGGUGUAUAAGAUUAAAUAGAUAAAUAAAAAGUUUUGAUGUUGGAUUAGUAGUGGGUUUUAAAAAUUUCAUAAGCAUUUUAUAAGAAACAAUAUUUGGUAUUGUUUUAAGACCUAUAGAAGAAUGCUAAUAAAAUAGAUUUUUUGGAAUAUUUAUAGGAGCUUAUUAAGCUAUAGUCAGUAUUUUUAUUAAGCCUACUGUAGGAAUAUAUGAUUUUAUAAUUAGUAUUUGUGAUGGAAUUAAAAAUUCUGCAAUAUAUGAAGAAAAAAUCAUGGAAAACAGAAGUAGGCCACCAAGGAUAUUUUAUAAUAAAAUUUAAAAAUUUAGAUAUAAAUUAGAUAAUGGAAAAGAUAUAUUAAGACGACUUAAAGCAUUUCCUAAAUAAUAUGAAAAUAUUAUCUAUUAUGAUGAAAUUCAAUUAAAAGAUUGCAUAAAGGAAAUAAUAUUAACAAAUAUUAGAUUAGUAUAUGUUACUAAAAAUUCCUUACUAAAUUAUUAGAAAAUAAUGCUUCAUAAAAUAAAAAAAAUCGAAUACAAUAAAUAUAGGAAUUAAUUCAUAUUUUAUUAUGAUGUUCCUGUUAAAACUUUCUGUUUAAGAAAAGUGAGUUAUGAUAAAUUAUAGUAUUCUAAUAUGAAUAAAGCUAAAAAGUUAUUUUCUUUUUUAGAAAAUCAUUUU